AUGAAUGGUGCCUUGGUGCAGACAACAGACACGGGGACUUGGAUGCUGACAGUUAUUACUGAAUACGUGGAUCAUUCUUCUGCAUUGUUCAAAUUCUAUGUCUUGGGGGAAAAGGUUUUCUAUGCAAUUAAGAAGUCUACCCCUAAUACGGAUACAUUGAUAAAACUAUCUGAAGAAAAUGGACUCAAGCCUCUUCAUUUUGACAGCUUAAAAUCUCUACCUACCUCUAAAACAAACCAGCAUUCUAGAGAUGAGGAUCAUCACAAUGUCAGUGAUCAGUGCAUAGAUCUUCAGCUAGUGACCGAUGCCGCAAAUUGGCUUAGGAGGAUGCUUGACCUUACUGUGUUCGGGUUUGAUGUUGUUGUGAGUGCCCAAUUUAAACAAUCAUUUACAGCUAUACAGGAAGGCACUGGUGACCAUGUCAUUGUAGAUUUAAACUACCUUCCAUCAUUCAAGGAAGUGCCUGAUGACGUUGCAAUACCGGCCUUCUGGGAAGCAAUAAAAAGGAAGUUUGAGUUCAGGAAGACUAAAUAA